AUGGAGGACGCUCACGCCAAGAGCGCCGAUGAGGUGCUUCGGUUCUUUGGGACCGGCCCUGACGGUCUUAGCGAAGAUCAAGUAGAACGAUUACGCCAGAAGUAUGGUCCAAAUGGUAAGCAUUUGUUUGUUGUUAGAGUUUAGGUGCAAAAAAUUGUUUUUUUUUCUGGUUUUGGUGUGAAAUCUUAACAAUUUUCUUUGCAGAAAUGCCAACUGAAGAAGGAAAGAAGUUGUGGGAAUUGAUUUUGGAGCAGUUUGACGACUUGUUGGUUAAAAUCUUGCUUUUGGCCGCCAUUAUUUCCUUUGUUUUGGCUUUAUUUGAAGAACAUGACGAUCAGACUAGUGCCGUUACCGCUUUUGUUGAGCCUUUUGUCAUCUUGCUUAUCUUGAUUGCUAAUGCCACAGUCGGUGUAUGGCAAGAAAGAAACGCUGAGUCUGCCAUUGAAGCCCUCAAGGAGUAUGAACCAGAAAUGGCCAAGGUUGUACGAGCUGGAAAACACGGUAUUCAAAUGAUUCGUGCUCGCGAGUUGGUUCCUGGUGAUCUGGUUGAAGUAUCAGGUAAGGAUUCCGAUUUUAUUCUACUAUUUUGUGAUAUUAAAUUCGAAAAAAUAUUUAGUAUUUAGCUUUUGACUAACUGAGUAAUGACAUAUUUUUGCUUGUUUAAAACGGAAAAAACUAGAUAUUUCAAUAAUUAUAAAUUUUUUAGUUGGUGACAAAAUUCCGUCUGAUCUUCGUCUUAUCAAGAUCUACUCAACUACUAUCAGAAUCGACCAAUCCAUUUUAACUGGUGAAUCGGUCUCUGUUAUCAAGAACUUGGACACUGUUCCCGACCCACGUGCUGUCAACCAAGACAAGAAGAACUGUCUGUUCUCCGGAACCAACGUGUCAUCAGGAAAAGCUCGUGGCAUCGUUUUCGGAACCGGCUUGAACACCGAAAUUGGAAAAAUUCGUACGGAGAUGGCCGAAACCGAAUCGGAAAAGACUCCAUUGCAACAGAAGUUAGAUGAGUUUGGAGAACAAUUGUCUAAAGUUAUUUCUAUCAUUUGUGUUGCUGUAUGGGCUAUCAACAUUGGUCACUUCAACGAUCCAGCGCACGGUGGUUCAUGGCUUAAGGGUGCUAUCUACUACUUCAAGGUAGUUUAUUAAUUUUUUUAAUUAAUACAGAGUUACUUUAAGGCAUUUUACAAAGCAGUUUUUUUAUUUUUGGUUACGUUAAUUAUGUUAUGGGAAGGUUAUUGGUUAUUUAUUGCAGAUUGCUGUUGCUCUUGCUGUCGCUGCCAUUCCAGAAGGUCUUCCAGCUGUAAUCACUACCUGUUUGGCUCUUGGUACUCGUCGUAUGGCCAAAAAGAAUGCAAUUGUUCGUUCUCUUCCCUCUGUCGAAACUUUGGGUUGCACAUCUGUCAUCUGUUCCGAUAAGACCGGAACACUUACUACCAACCAAAUGUCUGUGUCGAAAAUGUUUACCGUUCGUGACGCUUCGGGAGAGGACAUCAAGUUUGAAGAAUUCACAAUCUCUGGAUCUACUUACGAGCCAGUUGGACAGGUUUUCCACAAUGGAAACGCUAUUAACUGUUCGAGUGGUGACUUUGAAAGCUUGACUGAACUUGCUACCAUCUGCUCUAUGUGUAACGACUCUGCUGUUGACUACAAUGAAGCGAAGCACUGCUACGAAAAAGUUGGAGAAGCCACAGAAACAGCUUUGGUUGUUUUGGCCGAAAAAAUGAACGUUUACGGAACUCAAAAGUCUGGUCUUUCUCCACGCGACUUGGGCAAUGUUUGCAACCGUGUUAUUCAACAAAAAUGGCAAAAGGAGUUCACCCUUGAGUUUUCACGUGACCGUAAAUCUAUGUCUUCUUACUGUACCCCAGCUUCUGGCGGAUCCGGUGCUAAGAUGUUUGUUAAGGGAGCCCCAGAAGGUGUUUUGAACAGAUGUACUCAUGUCCGUGUCAAUGGACAAAAGCUUCCAUUGACUCCAGCCAUGACUCAAAAGAUUGUCGAUCAAUGUGUUCAGUACGGUACUGGUCGUGACACUUUGAGAUGUUUGGCUUUAGGUACAGUAGAUGCUCCACCAAGCACUAACAGGUAUUUUUUGUAAUUUUAUUAAAAUAUUCAUGAUUUUCGACAAGUUUCUUUAUUCUGCAUUUUAGAAAUAAAUUAUUUAAAUUCUUGUUUCAGCAUGAACUUGGAAGACGCCACUAAAUUUGCGGAAUACGAACGUGACAUUACUUUUGUCGGUGUUGUUGGUAUGUUGGACCCUCCACGCAUGGAAGUUUCUGGAUCUAUUGUUUCUUGUCGCGAAGCCGGUAUUCGUGUUAUUAUGAUUACUGGUGACAACAAGAAUACUGCUGAAGCUAUCGGUCGCCGUAUUGGAUUGUUCUCUGAGAACGAAGACACUUAUGGAAAAUCAUUCACUGGACGUGAAUUUGAUGAUUUGCCUCCAGAGCAACAGUCGGAUGCUUGUCGUCGUGCCAAGUUGUUCGCUCGUGUAGAACCAGCUCACAAAUCGAAGAUUGUUGAGUUUUUGCAAAGCCAUGGCGAAAUCACGGCUAUGACUGGUGAUGGUGUAAACGAUGCUCCAGCUUUAAAGAAGGCUGAAAUUGGUAUUGCUAUGGGAUCUGGUACUGCCGUCGCUAAGUCAGCCGCUGAAAUGGUUCUUGCUGAUGACAACUUCUCUACAAUUGUUGCUGCCGUAGAAGAAGGUCGUGCCAUCUACAACAACAUGAAGCAAUUCAUACGCUACUUGAUUUCUUCUAACAUUGGUGAAGUUGUUUCGAUCUUCAUGGUGGCCGCUUUGGGUAUUCCUGAAGCUUUGAUUCCAGUUCAAUUGUUGUGGGUCAACUUGGUUACUGACGGUCUGCCAGCUACUGCUUUGGGUUUCAAUCCUCCAGAUUUGGACAUUAUGGACCGCCCACCAAGAUCUGCUCAAGAGAGUUUGAUCUCUAAAUGGUUGUUCUUCCGUUACAUGGCUAUUGGCAGUAAGUAUAUCUAUUAAAGUUGUUUUCACUUUUUUAUUUUAUUAUUGAGCAAUAAUACGAAUAGUAUAUGUUUCUUAUGUAAUGUUUUUUCAGCAUAUGUUGGUGUUGCCACUGUUGGAGCUUCAAUGUGGUGGUUCUUGUUGUACGAAGAAGGACCACAAAUCAGUUAUUAUCAACUCACUCACUGGAUGCGUUGUGAAAUCGAACCCGAAAAUUUCUCAGACUUGGAUUGUGCCGUGUUUGAAGACAAUCAUCCAAAUGCCAUGGCCUUGUCAGUAUUAGUAACGAUUGAGAUGUUGAACGCCGUCAACUCAUUGUCAGAAAACCAAUCUAUCCUCAAGAUGCCACCGUGGACCAACAUCUGGUUGUGUGCUGCUAUCGCUUUGUCGAUGUCGCUCCACUUUGUCAUUCUUUACGUUGACAUCAUGAGCACAAUCUUCCAGAUCACACCAUUGUCUAUUGUUGAAUGGAUUGCCGUACUUAAGAUCUCAUUGCCAGUCAUCUUGCUCGAUGAAGUAUUGAAGUUUGUUGCAAGAAACUACAUCGAAGGUAGGUUGAAUAAGUUGAAGUGAAAGUUUUAACGUUUUAUUUUAAAUUAGCAAUAUUAAUUUUCGAUUGCAAAAUCAAUACCGUUUUAUUUUUUUGAAGCUUUUUUGUGGUGAAAUAAUACGUUCUUUAUUUUUAUAACUUUGGAUUGAAAAUAAUGAAAUGAUUUUUAAUUAAACUAAUAUAACGGGUAUUUUUCUAAAUUUACAUUACAAAUAAAGUGAUUGUCUUGUCCUUGUUGAUUAAAACGAAAACGUCCGAAACAAAUAAUUUUUCUUGUCACAAUGCCUAACAUAUCCCCUUAACCUUUGUGCUUUAUUUAGAUCACAAGACGGCUCGCGAGGAGUUGGAACGACAUGAACGUGAACAAGAACUUAAACGUGAAGGCGGAAAGAAGAUCAGGAAGACAGAAGAGCCGGCUUCAAAGAAAAGAACUAAUCCAUUGUUUUGGGUGCAGUUAGGGCUGUUUUUUGUUGCUAUUGGAGCAUAUUUUUAUUUCAUUUUGGCUCCAUACGGAGUGGAACUGUCUCAUGCCGUCGGAAUAAAGCAAGGCGGGCCAAACAUGAAAUUUUCAAAACUAAGGAGCGAACUGUGA